AUAUAUAAGGAGAGCAGAGCCAGUGGUGCAGCACUUCAACACAUCCCACAGCAUCUACAUCAAACAUCACUGCUUCAACACAUUCAGCAUCAUGAUGCUCUGCCUGAAGCUCACUCUACUCACCCUGCUUAUUGCAGCACCUGGUUUGCAUGUUUCUGGAGAAACUGUGAUUACCUGUGAUGGUGAUGUUCAGCGCCUCUCUUGUGACACUGGAGUGAUACUGGUCACAACUACUGUGUACGGCCGUUCAGACAGCAAAAUCUGCAGUAAUGCACCUCGCAAUCUUAAGGUUACUGAUACCAGCUGCUCCAGUACCGUUUCCACUAUUGCUGACAGAUGCAAUGGACUAAGAGAGUGUGAGGUAAAGACAAAUUUACUUGGCAGCUCUAACCCAUGCAAAGGAACCUACAAAUACUACACUACCACUUACGACUGCAUCAAUGCCCGGGAUGUCGUGGUCUGUGAGCACGGCUACCGCACACUGGAUUGUGGGGCGGAUACAAUUAAUAUCAUGAAUGCAAACUUCGGGCGCGCUGAUACUGUAACCUGUUCAAGUGGAGUCAAGGACGAUUCGACCCAUAAAACCAACUGCUAUGCUCCAAACACAUUCUCAACUGUCACCUCACUGUGCAAUGGACAGCACAAGUGCACAGUAGAGUCUUCCUCCUCCGUUUUCAAAGAUUCUUGUAAAGAAACUGCUAAAUACCUCACAGUGUCCUAUACGUGCUUAAAGACACUUGUGACCUGUGAACAGAAUACUGCUGGCCUGACAUGUGGUAAUCUCAAAAUCAAGAUCAGCAGCGCUAGCUUUGGCCGAACCAAUUCCACCACAUGUUCAUCAGGACGACCUGCCAUUCAACUUUCCAACACAAUGUGCUACGCCUCUAACGCACUAAAAAUAGUUAAUGAUAGGUGUAAUCGACAGAGCAGCUGUCAGGUACCUGCUUCAAAUUAUGUAUUCUCUGAUCCCUGCGGUGGCACCUAUAAGUACCUGACGAUCGUGUACAGCUGCAUCUAA